CCCCCCAUUACCCCACACCCCAUUCCAAAUAUUCCUCCAUCUCUCUUUAUUUAUCGUCACACUUGAAUGGAAAGCGUUUACGUUAUCCGACGGUGUAGACGAGGGCGCGUGCCUCUGUUCCGUGAAAAGCCAGACUCCCGCAUGCAGGGCCAUUGAAACCUGAAAACUGUGCCCCCAGUUUUACGCUUUAAUUAGUGUAACAAGGAGAAUCACGAGAGAGAGUCGUCGAGAGGCUCCAAACGACACCGCAAUUGUCAGCCGGCCUGUGGGGGGACGCGUGCGAGUAGCGGUACCCCGGAAAUUGGUGAAAGAAAACGAGUUGAACGAAAAAACAAGAAAAUAAAUAGCAGGGCGUGGAGAGAGAUUCAGUGGUCCCUGAAUAAAAUCAUUAAAGUCUCUGGGUUAUAAUGAAUCGUGGAGCUAUAGGAAAAACAGGCAAGGAGUCACAGUCGGUUGAUGAGAAAAAUUGCCUCAAGAGGUUAAAGGGGAGCAAUUCGAAUCAGAAGAUUCCUGAGGCCAACACCAAACAAUCUGAGAUAUCGAGGCCGAAGACUGUUGGAGUUGCUAAGAAAACGGGAGCUACUGGGCUAGUACUUCCUAAAAACCCCAAGAGUAAAUUACGCAGUCCUUCAAAGCUGAAGCCAUUAUCCACAAACUUCCAGCCCCGAGUGAUUCCUCAGCCCUCCCAAAAAUCCGAGAAACGUCUUCAAGAGCACUACAAGCAAAAGUCCACGAUGAAAGUCCAACAGGAGUCAGCAGAAGUAAUACCUCAAUCAAAGAAAAAGGAUCUGAAAUCAAAGUCAAAGCCUGACGAUAACCCACCCGAGAUCAAGGAAAUUCCUUCAGCCUCAUCAGACACGAACGGGAAAGCCAGUGUGGAAAGCCACUCUUCUCAAUCUCCAAAAGACAAUGGAAAAGAAAGGGACGAUGGAGUGUCCCCACAACCAGAGGUGAAUGAGCCAAAGGAGAUCGUGGUGUCUGAAACCGAGAGUACAAACAGUGAAGUCAUCGACUUGGUGGAGAUUUCAGAUGAUUCAUUGGUAUUAGAGUUCUCUGAGAAGCCGGAGGAGGCCCUUGAGAAAGAGCAAACAGCCAUUUCCUCGGAGCAAAAACAAUCAGAGCCAUCAAGCAAUGACGCCAACCCUGCGGACGUUUUGGUCGAAUCUACAACGUCAGAGUCUUGUCCACCUUCAGACCUAAAAUCCCAGGAGAAUCCAUCAGAGAGCAACGAAGACCAAGUGAAGCCUGAGGAUGACCCCUCCUUCGUCUCCUACGACUCGACAAUAAUGUUGAAGGACGUGCAGAUCAAGUUGAACGAUUGUUUGAGAGACAACUCAAAGAUGAUGGACGUAACAGACCCCAACGCCAGCAUGUCUGAAGCAUUUAAGGACUUGUCCUUUGGUAGAACUCUACGAGGAAUCUCUGGAAGGAAUUCCAUCGGUCGUAUGAGGCACGUCACCCUCAGAGAUCGUCAACGUACACCCAAUGAUUCAUUAUUUGUUAAUACGAGUAGUGCUUCCUUCUCUCAGGACGAUGCACUACGCUAUACUCCAGGUUUUCUGGACUCACCCAGUCGCAAUGGAACUCCUAGUGAUCGUAAACGCAAGCUUGGGUCUGAGGUCAACGAUUCUGCAAAAAAGCCAAGGCAGGAGGAGAGCUCAAUAUUCAAUACUUCGUUGGAAUAUAUUAAAAAUCUUCGGAGGCCUGUGCAAGUCUCCACUCCCAAUCCCAAAGGAUUCAAAUUUGAUAUUGGAGAGAAGUCUGAGGGUGACAAUGAGAAUGUUCAAGUGGGAGUCAAUGCAAAUGUUGAGCCCAAGAAAUGGUGUGUCGUUAUGUGAACAAUAUCCCAGAAUUAUUUGAAUUGUUCAUCCUUAAUUUUGAAAAAAUCAAUUUUUCAUUUUUGCUUGUAGAGUUAAGAAUUUCAGAUGAUAAAGUACAGAUUAUUUUUGGAUAAUCCAUUUUUAAUGAUACAUGACUUAUAAUAGUAUCUAUAUUCAGAUGUUAGGAAGUAAGAAAUUUCCUGACUGCAAUGCCCAGGUUAAAGAAUUCAAUUUUUUUUAUAUAUAAAACGGUAAUUAGUAUUUCAAUGAUGGAAUAUACUCAGAGAGAGGCCUUUUCUUCGCCAAAAGUAUGGAAACAAGAAACAAGAUUUGUAAGAAAAAUUAUUACAUGCUAGUAGAGAGUAUUUGUCAUUUUUUAUUUUAUCAAUUUGACGAUAUUAUCUGUAGGACUGAUAGCAGUUUACUCGUUAGUUUAGAUUUCUCCUUUAUUUUGUCGUUUUUUACCCCACGGAACAGAAUGGAACAAGAAAUUAAUAGUUAAGAGAAAUAUGAAAAAUGAAAUAUUGAGUAAAAUUACAUGUAAAUAUACGAGUGAUUUUGAUAUUAUGGUUGAUAAUUGAUGGAUCACUUUGGAAAGUUAUUUAGCUUCCCUUUUAUCUAGGUUAUUUGUAAUAAAUGUUUUUCAUGAUAUAUUA